ACAUCAUUCACAGCUCAAGCUGCCAAGCAGUCACAGCUUGUCCUGUCGCAGCCAGCAUUUUGAAGUCUAUACAAAAAAAAACAACAAAGGAGCUAUUCUAUCUGAAAUGGAAGCCCAACGUAACAACGCCAACCACCGACGCGGAGCUCGUCCGAGCGUGGGCUAUCUACUUUUUCAGUACCAGAGCGAGCUGACCCGCCGUCAUGCGGAACCCACGCGGCUGUCCCGCACCAAGAUUCACAUAAUCGAUGGACUGGUGUCCCGCACCAUCCGCCACAUGAAGCACUGCAGCAUGGAGGAUCUGAGGGCCUGCAAGAGGGAGCUCGUCUACAAGGAGCAGCUGCGCGAUCAGCUCAAGAACAUGCGACGCAAACGCUCCUCCUCCGUCAACAAAGUCGAUGCUAGUGCCAACACAUCCGCCCCCGUUGUGAGUGUCAAGGCGCCAUGCACUCCACCGAAACCUCGAUCCUCCACAGGAGAGUUCUCCAAGAUGGACAUCUUCGGACCGGAGAUCUUCGUUUAAGUUUAACUUAAUCUAUUGCAAUUUUAAAUUUACUAGUUUCCUUAAUUGUUGACGAUUAAAAAUCAUUGAACAUGAAGAUUUCUUAAGAAAAUUAUUCAAUAAAUAAAUAUAUAAAAGC